GGCGGAAGGCGGCGGGGGGGAUAUCGGGGACUCGGCCAUGGCGACGGGGGGAGGAGGCGGAGGAGGAGGCGGCGUGAGGCGGAGGAGGACGGCGGGGCUCCCGCGGUGGUGCUGGAAAACCUGCUACUUUCCCAUUUUGUUCUGGGUGGUUUCGGUGUGCGGAGAAGAGAAGACGUUCAUUGUGGAGAUGUGGCUGAAGAACUACGGCUACCUGCUGCCUCAUGACGUCCGUGCGUCCGACCUGCGACAGGAGAAAGCCAUGCAGUCCGCAGUUGCUGCCAUGCAGCGCUUCUACGGAAUUCCUGUAACGGGAAUACUGGACCAUACAACCAUAGAGUGGAUGAGGAAGCCUCGCUGUGGUGUGCCCGACCAUCCUCACACCAGCCGGCGGCAAAGAAAUAAACGUUAUGCCCUAACGGGACAGAAAUGGAGAGAGAAGAAGAUCUCCUACAGCAUAUCUAAUUUCACCCCAAAAGUGGGAGAGAAGGACACCCAGAGAGCGAUCCGCCAAGCUUUCAUUGUGUGGCAGACCGUCACGCCGCUCUCCUUCGAGGAAGUGCCAUACUCAGAGAUCAAAAACGAGGGCAAAGAGGCCGACAUCAUGAUCUUCUUUGCCUCUGGUUUCCAUGGUGACAGCUCUCCAUUUGAUGGGGAGGGUGGUUUCCUGGCCCACGCCUACUUUCCAGGCCCCGGCAUCGGCGGAGACACACACUUUGACUCAGAUGAGCCGUGGACGCUGGGAAACGCCAACCAUGACGGUAACGAUUUGUUCUUAGUGGCGGUCCAUGAGCUAGGACACGCAUUGGGUUUGGAGCACUCCAACGAUCCCAGCGCCAUUAUGGCGCCUUUCUACCAGUACAUGGACACGCACAACUUCAAACUGCCUCUGGACGACCUGCAGGGCAUCCAAAAAAUCUACGGUAUCCCCACAGCCAUGCUGGAACCCACCAGGCCAUUACCUACUCUGCCUUCUCGACGGACACAUUCCACCUCCGAAAGGAAGCACGAUGGUCAUUCCCGUCCAGCACGCCCACCAACAGGCGACCGGCCUGCUCUGCCUGGCAACGGAAAACCAAACAUCUGCGAUGGCAGCUUUAACACUGUGGCCUUCUUCAGGCGGGAGAUGUUUGUCUUCAAGGACCGAUGGUUUUGGCGUCUGCGGAACAACAAGGUGCAGGAGGGCUACCCAAUGCAGAUCGAUCAGUUCUGGAAGGGCCUGCCGCCUCGGAUUGACGCUGCAUAUGAGAGAUCUGACGGAAAAUUUGUCUUCUUCAAAGGUGAUAAGUACUGGGUGUUUAAGGAGGUCACGGCCGAGCCGGGUUACCCUCACAGCCUGAUGGAGCUGGGCAGCUGCCUCCCCAAAGACGGCAUCAACACGGCGCUCCGCUGGGAACCAGUCGGCAAGACGUACUUCUUCAAAGGGGACCAGUACUGGCGCUACAAUGAGGAAAAGCGCACGGCGGAUCCAGGAUACCCCAAACCCAUCACUGUGUGGAAGGGAAUCCCAGAGGGACCUCAGGGGGCCUUCAUCAGCAGGGAGGGAUACUACACCUACUUCUACAAAGGCAAGGAGUACUGGAAAUUCGACAACCAGAAGCUGACUGUGGAACCUGGCUAUCCAAAGUCCAUCUUGCGCGACUGGAUGGGCUGUGACCAGUCUGACAUGGAACACGGGGGCGUUAACGGCAACCGAGGUGACCGCCAGCUGCCCCUCGAUGACGUGGACAUCAUGGUGACUAUCAACGACGUGCCGACCACGGUCAACGCCAUCGCUGUGGUGAUCCCCUGCAUCCUGUCGCUUUGCAUCCUGGUCCUAGUUUAUACCAUCUUUCAGUUCAAAAACAAAGGCGUGCAGCAGAACGCCAUAACGCAGCCCUACUACAAAUACCCCGUCCAGGAGUGGGUAUGACACGGAACACU